AUGGCGUCCGAUGAAAGAAACUUUAGAUCGUCGUAUUAUGAAAAAGUAGGGUUCAGAAGUGUUGAAGAAAAAAAAUCAUUAGAAAUAUUACUUAAGGAAAAACCUUUAGAUAAAGUUAAACUUAAACAAUUUUGUUUGAGAUUUACUGUUCCUUGCGCUUACAGAAAUUCAUUAUGGAAACUACUCUUGAAUGUUACUCCUAGGUAUUCAAAUAAUCUUGAUUUUGUUAUAAAACAAAGAACUGAAGUUUACGAAGAACUUUUUCAUGCUUUAAAAGUUAUGAAUGUUAUCACGAAUGACACUCCAAAAUCUCAUUUGUUUUUAUAUAUGUGGUUAUUGGAAACCGGACAGUUAAAACUUAACAUGCAAAUGCAAAUGGAUGAUGAAGUGCUGAAAGGAUUGAUGAAAAUUUCACAAUGUUUAUUAAAUAUUUUUACUAAUGAUGUAGAUAUAUAUUGGUUAUCAAAAGGUUUCUAUAAUACUGUCAUUCAUUUUUAUGAAAGUAUUCCGAAUAUUGUAGAAGCAGCUAAAUUACUAUUAGAAAAGGAAGAUAAAACUUUGCACAGGCAUUUAAAUGAAAUAGAAGGUUUUGAUAAACUUUGCCUAAGGCAGUGGUUUGUUUGCUUAUUUGCUGGAGCUCUACACGAUGCUGCUCUGAUUAAAAUUUGGGAUAAAGUAGUCGGUGGUAGUUUUAAAAUUUUAGCAUUUCUGAUUGUUGUUAUAUUAAUGACAUUUAGAAGAAAUUUAUUGAAUUCUGAUUCGAUUGAAUUUUUUUUGGAAGAACUUAAAAAUAUUUCGGAAGAAACAUCAGAAGUUAUAGCGAACAAAGCUGCUGAACUGUGGCAGCAAUAUGGAAGUCCACUCGUAAUUGGAGAUGUUAGAAAAGACAAAAACGACAUGACUCAUGAUAUGAAAAAUUAUGUAACUUCUAUAGGGGAAUCUUUACAAUUUUAA